AAAUACAAACGUACGCAUGCGUUCAAUUCCUCACGUAAUCCAUAGAAGCCAGACACAGAGAAACAAUCCCCUUCAAUCUCUCCCUAUCGUUACAAACGUCGUCGUUCUAGAGAAAAAAAAAAUGUCGUUCGACUACCUUUUCAAGUACAUAAUUAUCGGUGAUACAGGUGUGGGGAAAUCGUGUUUGCUUUUGCAAUUUACUGAUAAAAGGUUCCAGCCGGUGCAUGAUCUCACAAUUGGAGUUGAAUUUGGUGCUCGAAUGGUUACAAUUGACGGCAGGCCGAUUAAGCUUCAGAUUUGGGACACCGCUGGCCAGGAGUCCUUCAGAUCUAUCACUAGAUCGUAUUACAGAGGAGCAGCUGGCGCACUUCUGGUUUAUGACAUUACCAGGAGGGAGACAUUCAAUCAUCUUGCAAGCUGGCUGGAAGAUGCAAGGCAACAUGCAAAUCCAAAUAUGACAAUCAUACUGAUUGCGAAUAAAAGUGAUCUUGCUCACCGAAGAGCUGUAAGCAAAGAGGAGGGAGAACAGUUUGCAAAAGAAAAUGGACUUCUAUUCAUGGAGGCAUCGGCGAGAACCGCCCAAAAUGUUGAAGAGGCAUUCACUAAGACUGCAUCCAAGAUACUUCAGAAGAUUCAGGAAGGCGUCUUUGAUGUAUCCAAUGAGAUGCAGUCAUCGGGGAUCAAAGUUGGCUAUGGACGUCCACAAGGUCCUGCAGGGGGGAGAGAUGCAGUUGCUCAGAGAGGUGGAUGCUGCAACUAACUGUGUAGAUGUAUCUAUGGAAUCACAUUGUGGCUUUAUAAUCAGUGUUGAUGAAUUUCAAUUGUCAUGAUAUAACAGGAAAAAUUAAUAGAACUGUACAGUUGCUCUGUUCUAUUGAAGUGAUGUAAAAUAUGUGAAAUUGGCUUCUCUGAACCUGCACUUGUGGUGUUACAUGAUAUAUAUGUUAUCGUUGUUGCUGUGUAUA